GCGGUAGAAGAUGGAUGGAUGGAUAAUAAUAAUAAUAAUAAUAAUAAUAAUAAUAAUAACAAUAAUAAUAAUAGUUUAUUAUUUAUAAGUUAAAACAUUUAUUUUCAUUUCAAUUGAGUCAUUUAUGCCGCAUGUCAGAGGUAAAAGGACAGAAUAUUUUACUGUAUUCAAUAACUUUAAGGCAUGGAUAUUCCUAUUUUCUUAGAUAUUCUCAAAUUUUAUGGAUAUUAUUUUUUCCUUGGAUCCGCAUAUGUUUUAUGAAUAUUGACGUUUUCUUGGAUUAAAAAAAAAUAUUUUAUGAAUGUCUUUACUUUUUUUUUUUUUUGGACAUUCUCAUAUUUUCUGGAUAGUCUUAUUUUCGUGGAUAUUCGUAUUUCAUAUUUUAAGCGUGAUGUUGUAUUUAUCUCUGCAGCGGAACCUUUUAUUAGCAGCGCACAGUUUCAGGCCGGAGUCUCUUAUUCUGCACAAUGUAUCCGGAAGUUUUAUAGCAAUAUGGCGGAUAUUCCAAAUGACGCUCCUCAACAUUGUCCAGGAACCAGCAGUGAGCAAGCUGGCAAAUCUUCAGCGUGUGAAGGAUGUCCGAACCAGGCCAUAUGUUCUUCCGGUGCUUCCAAAGCUCCAGAUCCUGCUGUGGAGGAGAUCAAGCUGAAGUUGUCCACCGUGAAGCACAAGAUUGUAGUUCUGUCUGGUAAAGGAGGUGUUGGGAAAAGCACGUUUAGUGCUCACUUGGCUCACGCCCUGGCUAGUGAUGAAUCCACAGAGGUGGCUCUGCUGGACGUGGACAUCUGUGGACCAUCGAUACCCAGAAUAAUGGGGCUAGAGGGAGAGCAGGUUCAUCAGAGUGGCUCUGGCUGGUCUCCUGUGUACGUAGAAGAUAACCUGGCUGUCAUGUCCAUCGGCUUCCUGCUCAGCAGUCCUGAUGACGCUGUAAUCUGGAGAGGCCCGAAGAAAAACGGAAUGAUAAAGCAGUUCCUGAGGGAUGUGGACUGGGGCGAGCUGGACUACCUGAUAGUGGACACACCCCCGGGAACCUCUGAUGAACACCUGUCCGUGGUGCAGUAUCUGAGUGGAGCAGGCAUCGAUGGAGCUGUUAUUAUAACUACACCACAGGAAGUAUCUCUGCAGGACGUCCGGAAAGAGAUCAGAUUCUGUCAGAAGGUGAAACUGCCCAUCAUCGGCGUGGUGGAGAACAUGAGCGGCUUCGUGUGUCCCAAAUGCAAGAACACGUCUCAGAUUUUCCCUCCAACCACGGGAGGAGCUCAGCGGAUGUGCAAGGAGCUGAGUCUGCCUCUGCUCGGCCGAGUUCCUCUGGACCCACGGAUAGGUCGAAGCUGUGACGAGGGAAAGUCUUUCCUGAAUGAAGUGCCAGAUUCUCCAGCAGCCGCAGUCUAUCGGGCUAUAGUGCAGAGUAUAAAAGAUUACUGUGAUUCUGGUUUCUCCUCAAAUGGAAACUCAAACAUGGAUAACAAGUGAACAUCAGCGCUGGACAACAAUCUGUGGUGUAUAAUCAUAAUCACAAUCAUAAUCAAUUCCAGAAUUGGUUUUCAUUCUACAAGAGCUACAAGAGCAUGUUACAUUCUUUAUAGGGGGUACGUAGUCGUCGCCCCCCCAGUUUGGCUUUAUCUGAACAUCUAUAGGAACGCUUGAGUGAGUCAUUUCUGGUCAUGAACUCCUUGCGAUAUUCCUUUACAAUUUAUGUGACAGCACCGACAUCUACAUCCUUUUUCUUUAAAUGUAUGUGUUACGUAACUGCUCUUUAAUUCUUCCAUGCUGAAAUACUCAGUGCUCAUUCAGAUUCUUUUUUUAAUGUGGAAAAAAUUUCCCACUCGGAGUUUCAGGGGUUAAAUUAGCAGUUCCUUUUAGCGCAUCGCUAAACACGGAACUAUGGUAAUGGUUUAAAUUUUCCUCUUUAUGAAUGCAAGUGAUCCCUGAUGAGUAGAUGAACCACUGAAGGAGAACAUUUCAGUCAACAUCAGUGGUUAUGAUUUCUGUUCUGAAUUUGUUUUCAAUGUGAACACGAGCAAAAUGAGGCUUCAUGUAGUGAAAUGUUCCUAUUCGUACCACAGCGUUGUUGAAAUCUUCUUUCUGAUUGGCCAGAACAUGUUGAUUGUUCGUUACUGUGUGUACAUUACGGAUUCUAUAGCAACAGAUCAUUCACAGGGACUUGUACGGCGGACGCUCCACAAAUAAUAAACAGAUUAACAAGUG